GCGGGGGCCCUGCCCCGCCGCCGGCCCGCAGCCAUGCAGAGCGCAGCCCCCGCCGCCCCGCCGGCCCUGCACCUGCUCACCUCCUACUUCAUCGACAGCAUCCUGGGCCGGGGCCCCGCCGCGGGCCGGCACGGCGCGGAGCGCUCGGUACCGCCGCGGCCCGUCCGGGCGCGCAGUCCCACGGAGGAUUCGCCGGCCGAGGGGCGCGGGGGGCGCCCGCCCGGCCCCGAGGCGCCCGGUCCGGUGAAGAGGAAGCAGCGGCGCUACCGCACCACGUUCAGCACCUUCCAGCUGGAGGAGCUGGAGCGCGCCUUCCGCAAGUCGCACUACCCCGACGUGUUCACCAGAGAGGAGCUGGCCCUGCGCCUGGACCUGACGGAAGCCCGGGUGCAGGUCUGGUUCCAAAACAGAAGGGCAAAGUGGAGAAAACGUGAAAAAAAUGAAAUUCUGGGGACUGUUCCAGGAAUCUCCUUAACACACCCACUUGGUCUAUUUUUGGAUGUUCCACUGAGUCAUUCUCCCCUCCUAGAUCCCACGUGGAGGUCAAUGCCUCUUUCAACAUUGGCUGUGCCAUCCAUGUCUCCAGCUUUUAGUCCUUCAACCUUAGGGCCAUUUGGCCUCAACAGCCUUACCUGGACUUCUCUCUUCAGAAAUCCUAUUUUAAAUCCACAUUUUGGAAGGUUUCUCAAUGCUUUAAAUCCUCUCGUGACAACAGCUUCAGUACUAAUGAAAGCUCCUGGACCCCCGUCAGACCCUGCUCUUACUGCCUUCACUGAUCCAGCAGCAGUUGAAAGGAAAACGUCAAGCAUUGCAGCACUAAGACUCAAAGCGAAAGAACAUUCAGCACAAAUCCCUCAAUUAAACCUCAUCUCCAGUCUUACAAACACUAACAAAGAACUUUGUUAGGAGCUCUCCCACAGACUACAGCCACGGAGGGGGAAGUGAAUGCCUUCUCCAAUAAGUAGCUCUCGUUAGAGAGACACGUUUAAAAAAAAAGAAAACACACACACACGCAGAGCUGUAGUUCCUGUAUCUUCAGUAACGGACUGAAAGGAAUAACCCUGCUAAAGAUGGUUUUCCUUCAUUACAACAUUAAAUCAGGUAGUAAGUUGGCUUGCAUAAUUUCUCACACUGCAGAAACAGGAACUAUCUCUUCUUUGUAAAUCAGGCCAACAUGAAUCUGAAGCUUUGAAACACCAGACUCACCAGAUGCUAGUCCAAAGGUUCCAAAUUCUUUGUAGAAAUAAGCAGUUUUCUAAGCAAUUCUUAACUUACUUCUCAGGAGGAACUCUUACAUGCAGUACUUGAGAUGUAAGAAUCUGUACACAGUUAUUAACUUGGAGACCAUGCUUCAUGUUGAAGUGCAAAUGCCAGUGAAAUAUUGCAUUCUAGACAGACUUAGCAGGAACGAGAUGGGGACUGUUUUCAGUAUGGCCUUUUGAUUCAGAACUAGGUUUGUACAAAGAGUACCUUGUUUCGAAUUUUUAAAAAAAGUUUGCUUUAUGUUCAGGGUGGCAAUGUUUUAAUAGUUAAAAAAGUUUAACCUUUGUGUAUGAAAACUAUCUGUGGAAGUAGGUUAUCAGUGUGCAGCAAAAUGUGUGUAGUUCUCCGUGUAUGUACAUACUUGUCAAUCAGUAGCUCAGAGCUGUAAAUAUGAAGUUGCUGAAUACUUAUAGCAAGAUUUCUGGCACAUCUUACGAGACCAGUAAGUUAACAGAUUACUUGUACAUUUUGAGACAUUUCAUGCCUUGAGUAGGUUCAGAAUUUAAGUGAAAACUAAAUGUGAAGUGUUAAAUUCUUCCUUGGACUGAUGUUGGAAUGAAUGAAAACUGAGUCUUUACUGAGCAAGUGUCUACAGUCUUCAAAAUCCUGGAUUCCUCUCUGGCCUCAAGACAGGUCGUUUUAAAGUCUUUGCUGAAUUUCUCCAUCCAGGACAUGGGACUGAGAACAACUCUCUACAGGUCUGAUGCUUUAGUGUAAAGUGAGGAUAAGUAGUAUCCUCCUUUUGCAGCUUUCUCGCCUACCUCACAGGGCUGUUGUGAGGACUGAUUAAACAAACAUGACACUGUGCAAAUGGCAGAGUUA